GCAGCCGCCGCGCUCCCAACCGCAUCAGACACCAUAUCAACACCCACCCUCACCGCUCGCAAUAACUCCGCCAGCAGCUCCGAGAAAAGCUACUGCACGUAGCCCUCCCGCCGGAGCAUAUGCAGCAAGGCCAAAGACCACGCCAGCGUCGCCGCCAGCAAAACUUUCCCCUAGACACACUACACAACGGGAAGGGCGAUGCCUUCUGCCACUGCUACUGGAACGCCCGCAUGACCGUCGACAUUAUGGAGGGCGGCAACGGGCCCGCCGCCGAGAGGGAAAUAGACCCGGCGAAUAACGCUCCUGGAAGAACAAUUUCGGGGCGCAGGCGAAGAAUGGCGGUGGGGGUGAUGAGGAUAUUUAUAUACCCCAGGGGCUCCAAAUAA